ACGCACCAGUUGAGUGCUGUUCUGCGCAUGCGCCAUGCUAACAGUUCUGGCUAAUUUGAGAACUGAAACCUCCUGUCGGUUUUAUCGUCUUUAAUCCCCAGUGUCGCUCUAAUUUACCCGUAAACACGUUAACGGCUGCCUCUCCUCGUUUUAUAUGAAUAAACUUUAAUUUUUAAAACUAGCUAAUUGUUGUUGUUAGCCCGUGUGAUGGGACUCAGUUAGCCAACGCUCAGCUAACAAGCGGCCGCCAGCUGAUCUCAGUAUGAUCAAGUUCAUACUGAUGGUGAACCGUCAGGGUCAGACCAGACUGUCCAGGUAUUACACACCUGUGGAGCUGAACCGGAGAGCCACGCUGGAGGCCGACGUGGUGCGCUGCUGCCUGAGUCGCAAAAAGGACCAGUGUUCGUUCGUGGAGUACAAAGACUAUAAGCUGGUUUACCGUCAGUACGCCGCUCUCUACAUCGUGGUCGGCGUCACAGACAGCGAGAACGAGCUGUCCGUCUACGAGCUGGUUCAUAACUUUGUGGAGGUUUUGGAUAAAUACUUCAGCCGGGUGAGCGAGCUGGACAUCAUGUUCAACCUGGACCGGGUCCACGUCAUCCUGGAUGAGAUGAUCCAGAACGGACACAUUGUGGAGACCAACAAGAGCCGGAUCCUCGCGCCGCUCACCGCCCUCGACAAGAUGGCCGACGGCUAAGACUCUCCACUUGUGAUGUCACAGACCGUUUCAAUCCCACAUCUGCUGAGCGGGAGUCGAACCUGUGACGUCACUAUGAGUCGGUUUGAAUUUACAGUCAGCGUGAAGGUGCCAAAAUAUCAACGUCAGCGUCUGAGGCUCAGCAGGAGGAACACACACAGCAGCUGAGUGUGUGUCUUAAACGCAGUUCCUCUACCGAUAAAAACAAGUGUUGACGACUGAAACUCUCUGAUGCACACUCUGCACUUUCUCGUGUCUGCGCCCUAACCUUCUCGUGAGCACAGUGAACUUUCCCGUGCUCGUGGGAAAGUUUCGGUCGUGCAUGAGAAAAAUGUCCAUGCACACCUGAAACGUAUUUCCUUCCCUCGUUCUGCUCGUGUCCUUUCAGGGCCUCCGUAUCGUUCUGAAGCCGACAGAUAGAAUCAAAAGAAGUUUUUGUAUUUCAACAUUUUUGUACAAAGUUUUUAUGAUGAGGUUAAAAAUAAUAAAAAUGUCCUUCAUAAUUUAUCUGUAAAUUUGGACUGAACUUUUUAAGAUGAUUAAAAUGAUAAAAACU